CACACAAAAAGGUAUCUUUGUGUACAAGAUUGUCGGAGAUAUUUCGAUAAAACAUACCCACUUUUGAUCUUUUCAUACACCAUUGUAUUCACGAUGGGUUGCAAAUGCAGCAAAAAAACUGAAAAUACUCCCGAUCUGAGCUCAUUUGAGGCUACUUUUGGAGCCGAUCCAGAACUUCAAUCUCUAAGAUUGAAGCUCGAGCAACGCACCACCGGAGUUGUCACCACUCUCGCUACCGGCGUUUUAGAGCACCAGAAAGAAAUUUGGGAUAACCCAGAACUGUCGGAUCUAGUGAAGGACUAUUUCAAGACCAAUCGUAAGACUAUAGACUUGUGUAAUUCUCUUGAAAAAUGCCUCAAACGAGCUCGUGACAGGCACGCCAUUAUUCAAGUCGCGUUAGCCCGAUUUGAUGAAGAACACAGAGAAAGGUCCCAUGACGGAAAGACCUCGUAUUCAAACACUUUACAAGAAUUCAAGAAUUUCAAGGUGGCCGGUGACCCAUUUGGUAAUGAGUUCUUCUCUUCUUUUCGAUCAGUUUACGAACAACAAUGGAAUUUGCUACAAAAAUUGCAAGUCCAAAAAAGUAAACUCGAUGAAAAAUUGAAGCAAGUGAAGGCAUGGAGGAAGGUGUCAAAUGUGCUAUUUGGGGUCACUUUUGUUGCGGUGGUCAUUUUCUCCGCGGUGAUGACGGCCAUUGCGGCGCCAACAAUGGUGACGGCGUUGGCCGGCGCGGCAUCGGUGCCAUUAGGGUCAACGGGUAAAUUGUUGGAUUGGUUUUGGAAAAAUUGGGUGAAUGUAAUCGACCAGCAAAGUGGAAUAACCCGUUCUAUGCAUGUUAAGACUAGAUGGCAUGCGAUUAAGGAGUUGGAAAACAUUGGGCUGCUUGUGGAUAAGUUGGAACAGGAGAUGAAGUUGCCGUCGGCUGAGAUUGAUCUUGGUUUGGAAAAAGAUGAGGCUGUGAUGGUGGUGGUGAAUGAGUUAAGGAACAAGAUAAAUGUGAUUAUGCCAGAGCUUGAUGCUUUGAUGGAGCGCACUGCUCAGUAUAGACAAGAAAUUAGAAAAGAUAUGGAGACUAUCUACGAUAAAAUUUGCCAGAAUCCUAAGAGUAGCAGCUGUUUUAGCAAUUUAAAUUGCUUUACUUAGUGGUCUUGCUCUAAUUCACUUUUAGUAGCAGCCGAUGUCUCUAAAGAAGGUGGUUUGCCUCAUUUUUACCUUUAAUAUUUUUAUUGUAUAGUUUUGAUAUAUAAAGUGUUGAAUAUAUUU